CUGCGAGGCCAUAAUGUGCGCAUAGCUAAACUAGGAUGGUUGUUGGAAAUCUCGGAGUCAAGCCUCCUUGCAUCUCGACAUUUCUGAUUCACAAUGACUAAUUGUUACUUCUGGAAUUCUUUUGUAGUUUGCUAAAAAUUUCAGAAUGAUUCAAGCAAAUAUAAACUAAACUUUUGGCUCUUACUUUGUAACUUUCUCUUUGAGGUCUUCGGUUGAGUUAGGGUGGCGUUGAGAUCGCUUUGUUGUGGUUGUCUGUCUCUGGUUGUCUUGUGCAGUGGGUGUGCCGUGCAUAGUGGUGCUGCGAUCAAAUUAAUGUGUAUAGAUUUUUCUUACAUUAUACUUUAGAUGGAUCUGACAGUUCCUGCAGUUCCUGUUUGAAGGUCGCAAUGAAUAGGUUUGUGUGGUCCAGUGAGAAUCUGCAAAGUGGCGAAGUGAUCCUUCGGCAACAGCCGGGUGUAGCACUGUACGACGGUGAGAGAAAGACACCUUUCGUUGGAGGCGAGUUGGUACUGACUUCGCAUCAAGUCUACUGGACAGGACCUGAGAAACAGCGGAUAAGCUUGCAUCUGAGCCUCAUCAUACUUAUCGAAGAACAGAGUGGAAGCUGGAGUAAAAGGUACGGCUGCUGUGGAAACCCUGUUUGUGGUGUAACCAAUGUCCUGGCGCACCACAGCGCCAAGAUAGUGGUCCACGUCUCCCCACCGACUGACGAGAAACAUGCUGGCGUCGUCCAGAGCAGUCCCUUCGACUAUGUGCGGUUCUCCUUUCGGAGUGGAGGCUCAUCGGAGUUUUACCAGGAAAUGCAAGCAGCGCUCCAAAGAAAAGAUUGGCUGAAGAUGCCGACAGUGGAUUCACGAGGCAAAAAGAUUCGCACUGGCAUUGUUGGCAUUGAACGUCAGAUCCAGGCCAAGCAUGACGAAGCAGACAAAAAUAUAUCGGCAGCCUUCGAAGACCUAAGCAAGCUGAUGGAAAUGGCGAAGGACAUGGUGGCACUGUCCAAAAGUAUCACACAGAAGUUAAAGGAGAAAGGAAGUAGCUUGACUGAUGAUGAAACAAUCAUGUUCAAGUCUCAUUUGCUGUCUCUGGGAAUCAGUGAUCCAGUCACAAAAAGUGCCUAUGGAUCUGGAAUUAACUACUACCAAGAGCUUGCCAAGCAGCUCGCUGAAGUUCUGGAGGGACCUGUCCAGGAAAGUGGAGGGAUUAUUUCUCUUACGGAUGUCUACUGUAGGAUAAACAGAGCAAGGGGCCUAGAGCUUUUAUCACCAGAGGACCUUCUGAAUGCAUGCAAGGUUAUGGAGUCGCUACAGUUACCGUUGAGGUUGCAUGUGUUUGGAAGUGGAGUCACAGUGCUUAAACUGGCAACGCAAAACGACGAGAAAACGAGUGCAGAGACACGACAGUUGAUUGACGAGCAUGGUUCAUUGUCAGCUGAACAACUCUCACCCCUCAUUCACAUUUCAGUCAUAUUGGCCAAAGAAAGGUUAAUUUGUGCUGAGCAGAAGGGCUUGGUAUGCAGGGACGACUCUGUUGAAGGCCUCAGUUUUUACCCAAACCUGUUCCUGGAGAAGGUGGACUAAAUGGUUGUCUGUUCUUCGUGUACUUGGGUGAAUGUAAAGAUGUGUGCAAAACUGAUAAAGUGUUUCUGUUGACAGUG